CGAUAAGAACUACAGGUAUCACACCGAACGAUGUGAACAAGGGUAGACGAGAUUCAAAAUGGAGGAAUACAUGUCCACGCGCUAAUAUUCGAAUCGACGCCAUUGGUACCAAACUUUUCAAGUUCCAUAGCAGUUUAUCCAAAGACAACACAACCAAGAUGCACAGAUGCCAGGAAAAAUUGAGUGGCGGUGGCAUCUGUGAUGGUGAAUUGAAGCCAGAGUAUAAGUUUUGUCCCUCCUGCGGUACACCCGUGUCAGGCCAAGUAAGCGAUAGGAGCGGAUCAAGAGCAGCAGAAGAGAACAUUACACCGAAAACUGAUAUAAAAGAACAUGAAGAUCCUGGUGGUGUUGGGGACAAUAAUGAAACUUUACAAGGAGAAAAGGAUGAGAAUUCAAUUAAAAACACAAAUGAUGGUACUAAUUGUUCCGAGAAGGAAAAUUCAAAGUCAUCGAAAACAGCCCCAGAUAAAGAAGAGAUUGCGAAGACAGGAAAAUCUACGGGAUUGUCAGACACAGAACAGAAAACAAUUGAGGAACAAGGACAAAUACAAGAUAUAUCAAAGAAAGGCGAGAUUGUGAGGGCAGGAGAAUCUACGGAAUCGUCAGAUACAGACCAGAAGAAAACAAGCGAGGGACAGGAUGUAUCAGUGCACAAAACGGAGGAAAAGAAGCAAGACGAGCUGGAAACUGUUGCAGAAGGAAUGGGAACAUCAAACACGGAUAUCAAACCCGAAUUCGUUAGAAAUAUGACCGAAAACGAAACCAAGGGAGAAGAUGGACAACAGAAAGUUGAUGAAGAACCUGUGUUGGAAAAGGGUACCUCAGGAAACGCAGAAAAUGAUCCCCAACCAAGGUUAAUUGCAAAUAGGGAGCCUUCAAUUGACGGGAACGAUUCAGAUCCUAUCCUCGAAGAGAGACAAGACAGAGAUAUUGAAAAUAAACUUCACUGUGCUGGAGAAUCUAUGGGAUUGUUACACACAGAGCAGAAGAAAACAAUCGAGGGGCAAGAACCAAUGCAAGAUAUAUCAGCACACAAUACGGAUUUUGCAAACUUUAAAGAGGAAAAAAAGCAAGACGAGCUAAAAACCGUUGCUGAAGAAAAGGAAACACCAAAUCCGGAUAUGGAACCUGGAUCCCUAGGAAAUAUGAGGGAAAACGAAACCAAAGGUGAAGAUUCACAGCAAAAGUUUGGCGAAGAACCUGUAUUGGAAAAAGGUACCUCAGAAAAGACACUGAAUUACCCACAAGAAAGAUUACUUGAGGGGAAUGAUUCAGAUCUUAUUCCCAAAGAAAGACAAGACAUGGAUAUUGAAAAUAAGAGUCACAGUGCAGAGGACAAGGGCGAGAGUAUGAAACUAGGAGAAUCUAUGGGAUUGUCAGACGCAGACCAGAAGAAAACAACCGAGGGACAGGGACCAAUGCAAAUAAUAUCAGUGCAAAAUACGGAUUUGGCAAGCGUUAAAGAGGGGAAAAAUCAAGACGAGGAAACUGUUGCAGAAGGGAAGGGAACAUCAAACAUGGAUACGAAACAUGGGACCCUAGGAUAUAUAACGGAAAACCAAACCAAACGUGAACUGAAAGAUAGUAAAGAAAGUGGUGUUAAUAACAACGUUAAAGAUGAACAGGAUCAAAGAUCUUGUAAAGAACAGUCAGAGAAUCGGAAUGGUAAUGAUCUAUCCAAAAACGGAAUUCCCUUGGCAGACAAAAUCAACAAUAAUGCUAAUGGAGAGGAAGGUAGAGGGACUAUUCGACAAAGUCGGGAGAAUGAGAGCACAGGAAAAUGCAGCAAAGCAAGGAAAGAUUCAGAAAACCAACAAAAGAGCGACGAAGAUGUGAAAAAUGAAAAACCAAAACCAGCUAAACCCGAGGUUGUGAAAGUGAUUUUCCAUGCAUUUGUGGCACCAAGCGUGAAGAUAAACCUAAACAAAGACAAAAUCUUCGUUGUAUUUGGACCUCCGUACGAUGAUUGGAAUAUUGAAAAAGGAGGAGUUUUAACUCCAUGUGAAAAUCAGGCGAAAGAUCGUCCCACGCGUCUUCGGGCAGAAAAAAAUAUAGAAGUGGCUCUCCUGAAAGAAGCAUUGCCUUACACUUAUAAAUUUCAACGACAAGAACAAAAAGCGCAAAAACAUGAAAUGGAGUUUUACCUUCAGGAGUAUCAACCGUAUAAAGCUAAACAUCGUCUGUUGCACAUCCCAGAUGUCAGAGGCGAGUGGAAUCAGUAUGACGGAUGCAUUUAUGCCACCACAAAGGGAAUGUUUUUCAAGUUGGUAGACUUGGCGGAAAAAUUUACUGGCAGACAUCAAGAUGUAAUGUUAAAGGAUGGGAAAGACAUAUUAAACAUCUAUUUACCAAGUGCUGCUGAAUUUCAGAAUGCCAUUAAGCAACCGCAAAAAUUGCUAGAUAUCUUUAGAUACGUGAAUCGAGGCGGAGUUAAAGAUCAUUUUUUGAUAAACAGAAAAACUUUGGAUACAAACUUAUUCAAACAGAUACUAUGGAAUCACAUAAAGGCUGCAAGUGAUGUACUGGCCAAGAAAACGGAGGAAAACAAGGGUCUAAAACUUUUUACAGCAGUAUUGGUCAUAGAUCUUAGUACUGAACUGGGUAUCUCAAUUCACGAAUUUGGUGGUGCAAAAUGGAUAACGGAGUGCCUAUUUCUAACGCCUGAUAUUGAACAUCAAAGUUGCGAAGAGCUGGCAUACCUAGAAAACUCUAUGACCGCUGAAAUGAAAAGAAAAAUGAAAAACUCGGUUCUAAUUUUUCUGAGCAAAACCUUUUCCUCUGGUAAAGAAGUAGACCCCGUUUGGCUGGCAUGCAUGCCAGUUGUCAAUUGUCUGGAGGGGCGCCUGCAACCGUUUGUUCCCUUGGACCUUAGCCAUUUUGAAAUUAUUCAUACACAAGAUGCAAAAUGGUGGUGUUACACAGAAUUAGAAAGGGUUAAAGAGGAGAUGAAACGAAAUCAAUGGACAGUGUCAUGCGAAAAAUUCGUAGAAAGGUUUGGUUUCUUAUUCCGGUUGGAUGUUGGCCUUCAGAAAACUUUUAUGGCGACAUUAAAUGUUGAACAAGUCCUGAAAGUGAUGCAAAAUACAGAUAUCCAACUAGAAAUCAAGUUAGCUACAAUAGAUCACUAUUUCCUGAAUUCCAAUCAACAAUCCAUUCUCUUGAAAUGCAUGGAAGAAGUAUUCGGGAUCUUACGCAGUACUCUGUCAUCAUUACCAACGGACACAACACAAAGAAAAUGGAAGGAAAUCGACGCAAAACACAAAGUACGCCACAAACAGUUAGUUCUAAUCAUAUCUCAUGCGAUGGAUAGGGUGCGCAGAGAAUGGAAGCUAAUUAUGACCUGCUUUCAUUGUUCCCUACUAUCUGUUGCCAUUUUAAACAAUGUCUCCGUAGUCUGUGAGGAUCUAGAGUCCAUGCAAACAAUGCUGUCUACACUCGUUGAUGACUUCGUCCAACAUAACACCAUAGACCUCCAGGUUGGAGACUAUGCUUUGUCAAUAAAUUCGGAAUUCCCUUUGGAACAUCUUCCUGUUAACUUUGAGAGGACAAUUGUGUCUGCUACAGAAAAAUAUCUCAAUCUGUGUAACGUCAAUGAAGUAGUGGAUCUUUACAUACACGGCAUGCAUAAUUUGCAAUCUAAAAGUUUGCUGUCAUUACUGGAGAGAAAAGCAUUGUCUUCCGUUGACGACAUUGCAAAGGAUAGAAAUUGCUAUGGACUUUUUGAAUAUGCUGGAAGUUUGUCAAGAAACAAGUACUACAUCCCAAAGCUGCUAAAUUCGUUGUUUCAAAGGGUAUGGACAAUUGGAUUGGAUGCGCCACAUUCUGCCUAUGUGGAACAGAUUUUGACAUGCAACUGUUAUCCACAGUAUAUCGAAAGUUAUUCUCAAAAGGGAGAACUUUUCAAUUACCUGGACUCUGAGUCUGUGGAGAAACUAAAGAAGUCACUGGAUGUCUUUCAAUGCUAUGUCACACGUUUAGAUGAAAAUACAAUAGAAAACCAGGACCUUCUCCUUGGACUGAAACAUUCAGAGAAUCUGAUAAAUAUAGCAGAGACACUGGAUAAAAUACAGCAGUUUCAUUUACCAUUUACCCCAGAUGCUUUACGCAUAUUAAUGGAAUGCAGAGAAAAAGAUAUGAAAAUGCUGAAAGACGAACUCAAUAUUGUUGAAGGAUUGAAAUCGACUUUGAAGUUAGUACGGCCUUACAAAGCAGGCCUACCAGAAGGUUAUGAUGCUAUACUAAACAACUGGAAGGAGAUGAAAUUGGACGAUGUAUGCGAAAUUCCUACGCAAAUAUCAGAUUUUGCGAUGUACACACCAUGCUUGAAAGUAUUUAAAGAAAUACUGGAAGAGCCCGUGAAAUCUUUUGUUAGAAAUAUUUCAUUUUACAAGAGCAGCAAAACGUUCCAGACAGUUCUUCAAAUUGAGGUCCAAAGAAAACCUGCCCAGGAAAUUAGACAUUUCCAGUUCCUCGAACUUUUUGACAAAAUUUUGAACCCUGCAAGAGAAGCAUGGGAAACAUAUUGUAACAGACUCGAAGAUGGCACUAUAACUAUAUGUGAUAUCGAGACUCUACAGAUGCACAAAGUCGACGAUAGCAGUUUGCAGAAGGAAUUCACUGCGAUGAAUCGAGGCUCAAAGAAACCAUGGAUAAAAAAUCGCAUAUCUGAAUUCCACCGAUUCAAAUGCUUUUUGCAGUCUAUUGAGACUGCCAGAUUGUUAAAAAAGAUACGAGAAACAAAUGAGAUAAUGGGGAACUUUGACUCGGUGGAAUUGAUUGAGAGAUCUCACAGAGACAAAGAUAUUUCGCUCAUAAAGAUGGCCCAUGAGAUUCAGUCUUUCAAUCAAAAGUUACAAAAAGUUGAUGAAAAGAAAAAGAAUUGUUUGAAUGCGUUCUGCAAGUCAACUGCCUUGAUAAAGUGGCUUCGAAAAUCUUUGAAAGGUGGUGUUAGGGAUUUAAAAAUAUAUGCAGACCUGGCCCUACUGUCUGUGGAAGAAGAUCAUCUGAUCGCCCUCAUCACUGAUCUACACACAGCAACCAUUGGAUAUGCACCUCUGAUUUUCAACAUAAGGGAAAUACGAGGAGAAGACGCUCUUAUUCAGAGAUGUGAGGAAGUUUGGACCAGCCUGGAAAAGGAUGAAGACCUUCCAAGAAAAUUGAUAAAUUCAAAUCGGUUAUUACACUGGUUCGAAGAAAUCAAGGAGGCGCAUGGUUCUGUAGAAGUAACGUCAUUGAAACAAGUCGAUGCAAUUAAGCAACGAGGGAUAUUUAGGAUUGGAAUUCCCGGAGAAAGACGUGACAUUCAAUUGAAUUUAGAAGAUGUUGUGUGUCUACAUGUACCAAGUUCUGUCCAGGCGGAUAAAUCCUAUGCAGGACAAUCAGAUACAGAUGUACCAUUAGACGAUUUAUCUGAUGACGAAGAGUCUGACUUAACUGCCAUCAAGCGCUCUGACCCUACUACUGAGGGUCGAGUCUACUCUUAUAGCGAUAUGAUGGAUUUGCAAAGUCGUCUCAUGUUGGUUUCUGGAAAGACUGAUGCUGGCAGAGAAAGCAUAGAGAAAUUUACUGCAAUUUUUGACAAUAUAACCAGGGUUGGAAAGAUCUUUCUCAAGCUACUUUCAUCUGGAUGUGUUUUAUUUAGGUGGUGGACGUUAGACUUUCUGUGUAACCAAUCGGUUGAGAAUUGUGUUUUUGUCAAGCAACACCAGUCAACUCUAAAGGGGAAAAAUUUGAGAAUCAGGCAUAAAGAAUUAUCACAAGAUGACAUUGUCAAUGACUACAUGAUAGAAAUAGCUGAUUUCUUCGAUCAUUGCUACGAAGAGUGGAUCGAGCAUGUAAAGAAGAACAGGGAUCGAUUUUAUCCCUUGAAUUUGUUUACGAUUGGCCAGAUGAUCAUUUUGCAAGAAGAAAUAGCUAAACACAGAAAUGGUAUUCGGGUAUCAAAGCACCUGUGUUCCCUUCUUUCGGUUGUGAAGGCAGAUUGUUCUUUAAAAGAUUUAGAAUUGGCAAUUAAAAACUUAGAUGAACAACUGUCAUUAGAGCAGAAUGAUAGUGUUGCCGAUGACUCAUCAGGAUGCGAAGAGAACAGAGCAAUUCAAGAAUUUCUCAGAGCCGCUGAAGAAGCCGGUGUUUCGAAAAGACGAGCUUUUGAAUGUAUUCAUGCUGACGCAUUUAAUGCUGAUGACAUUGAUCAAAGUUUGAUAUGGUGUUAUGAAGAGGAUGAUACGGAAGAUAACAAUGGAAAUUUAAGCAGUUCAACCUGUCAUGAGACGUCAUUGAACUCUGUAGAGCUAUCUAGAAAAGAUUUCGAUAGAGAGGUCGAGGAAUUACUGAAACAAGAAGCUGUUGAAAACAUUACAAAGAGGCUGACAGAAAUUUGGGCGAAAUAUUUGAACUUUGCUUCAUUGAGUGUAAGCGACUUCUUAAGCUUGGAGCAUUUAGGACUUAUCCUGCAACAUUUAUAUCAGGCUGGCAAGAAAGUUAUUAAUCGCCCAUUGCCCGCACCACUGAAAGCCGGAAAACCAAAUCUUAUUGUAUGUUCUCAAGCGGAGGUACUGCCAAUGUUUCUCACUCUUUUUAUGGCUGAUCCCACCCUACCACUUCCAAGCAGAAAUGAAGUACUGCUUUGUACAGAGAGUACCACAAAAGAGGAAAUCACGCUGUUUUUUCGACGAACCUUAAGACAAGAAGAAAACGAUAAAAAUCAACAUAUAUUCUGCCUGGUGAAUGCAGACCUCCUUCGAUAUGAUGUAUGUGAAGAAUCCAUGAAAAUAUUCAAAGAAGAUAUGAGAUCCGCCAGGACAGAAUACAGACUUGUGGUCAUUUGUAGCAGUGAAAACGAAUACCAGUCACCAAUGAUAGCAGCACUUGAUAAGUUUCGUACGCCAAAGAUGACCGUGUCUGCAGAGGAUAAAAUUCAGAAUUAUCUGAGGGAAAAGUUCUGUACUAGAGGAAAGACGGAAUGUGAUACUGCGUCGAUUGUUGACGAAUCAGAGUUAUGUGUUCGUGUGGUAAGGUCAGAAAAGGCGGGAUUAGGAAAAACGCUUUACAAAAAUCGCCUUGUUGAGCGACUGAAUGAGUACCAUUCUACUGCUGACGAUGACGAAUUCCCGCUGUCCAUUACCAUACCCCUAAACCAAGAAGAACUCGGGUUCAAUGAAAUAUCCAGUAAAUUCAUGGACUUCACACUACAAGACAUUGUGUAUCCACGUAUCCUCCAUAUAGAUGUCGCAUGCGGGAUGCAUGGCGAUGUGACAUCGUUGCUAUUUAAUCUGAUCAUUUUGGGAUCCAUUGUCGAUGACAGGGGACGCGUGUUUCAAAGAUCAUUGACAGAUUUGUACUUGAUUGAAAUCACCAUCAACGAAAACAGACCAAAUACACAGGGAUCAAUUUCUGGCAUUCAACUUGUGGAGCUUCUACCUUGUGUUGCUUGUAUUUCUCCGCUGGAGGAAUUAGAAGGAAUGGUGUCUACUGAAAUAGUACGUGGAUUCGAUGACCAGAUGUUUCAAUCCGAGGUUUUUCAAAGACCCUAUCAGUAUUUACAAAGUCUGGAGACAAAUAAGAAAACCAUUCCUGUUUUCAGUCGCAUUCAUCGAAGCAGAAGCAAGCGUGAUUGCUUACAAGUUCUUAUGAAGCAUUGCUGUGUUGAUGAUCCUUCAUGGUCAGAACUCCGGAAUUUUGUGUACUUUUUGAAUACACAAUUAGGAGACUUUGAAAAAUCCGCAUUUUGCAGCUCUACUCUGGCAGAUGAUUUGCCAGGGUUUUCAAAAUUUGUUUUGCGGUUUUUGAUUCAGAUGUCAAAGGAUUUUUCAACAAGAUCACUAAUGAUGAAGGAUCACAGCCAUGAUGAACAAUUUGAUCCAUACAUUUAUCCAGGUCAUUUGGAAAGGGACGAUGAAAGCGACGAAAAUAAUGAGAAUGACGAAGACAUCGAAGACAUCAUUGACCUAUCCCAGUUUCAGAUGAGACGUCGAUGGGAAUCAAGUGCACACCCGUAUUUGUUUUUCAACCCUGAUCACCACACGAUGACCUUCAUAGGAUUUAACAUCAGCAAGUUGCACCAAAAUUUGGUCGAUACUCAGACCGGUAGAAUUCUAGAGAGAAACAUAAUGGCGCCAAAUCUUCGGGGUGCCCUGCUGCAUAACCGUGUUCCAAUUCAAGAAAACUUUGAUGACUUGAAUAGGUUUGAAAAGAUUGAAAGACUCUGUCGCGUGAUCGGGAAUGAGUUUCCUCACGAUCCAGAUGAAACGUAUGAACUGACAACUGACAAUGUGAAGAAGAUGAUGGCAAUUUACAUGCGAUUCAGAUGCAACAUACCCGUCAUUGUAAUGGGAGAAACGGGAUGCGGUAAAACACGCUUAAUAAAGUUCCUGUGUGCUUUACAAUGUCCUCCAGGAGUGGUGAUUAAUAACAUGGUUGUUAUCAAGGUCCAUGGUGGUACUACGAAAAAGCACAUUAUUUCAAAAGUUAAGAAAGCCGAGGAAACCGCAACGAAGAAUUGCAAUGAGUAUGGAAAUCACAUCAUUACAGUCUUGUUCUUUGAUGAAGCAAACACCACAGAGGCCAUUGGCUGCAUUAAAGAGAUAAUGUGUGAUGGGACAGUUGAUGGCAGACCUAUUAAUCUUAAUCAAAAUCUUAAACUUGUCGCUGCCUGCAAUCCUUACCGAAAACAUCCCGAUGAUAUCAUUGCUAGACUGGAGAAAGCUGGUUUGGGUUAUCACGUCAGCACAGACGACACAGCUGAUAGACUCGGUCGAAUACCAAUGCGACACCUCGUGUACAGAGUCCAACCUCUUCCCCAAAGCAUGAUUCCACUAGUGUGGGACUUCGGACAGCUAGAUUCUGCUGUAGAAAAACUUUACAUUUUGCAAAUGUUGACACGAUACAUGAGAAACGGUACAAUACCCAGAGCAAACGUGCAGACCAAGCAAGUCCUUGCAAACAUCUUAACAGCGUCACAAGACUACAUGCGGGAUUUGCAAGAUGAAUGCAGUUUUGUGAGUUUAAGGGACGUCGAAAGAACUCUGAAAGUGUUUGGCUGGUUUUAUAACCAAACGGCAAUCAUUGACGAGAUGGACAACAUUUUCGAGGACUUUUAUGAAUCUGAAUCUGAUUUAUCCGAAGAUGAAGAUUUUAAUGUACAACGUGAAAACAUGGUGAAGACAAAGGACCAGGACAGGAUCACACGAGCGUUGAUACUUGCUCUAGGAGUUUGUUAUCAUUCCUCUCUGAAGAAUCGAGAGAAAUACAGACGGCACAUUUCCAGAUAUUUCACACAUCCACUGGGCCUGCAGGGUGGAUCUAGACAAAUCAAACGAGAGAUUGAAAAAUGUCAAAAGAUAUUCCUUGCAAAUGUAAAUUUGAAUGCUAACAUUGCGAAAAAUCUGGCAUUACGGGAGAACUUUUUCAUGAUGGUUGUGUGUGUUGAACUUCGUAUACCCCUCUUUCUUGUUGGAAAACCAGGAAGUUCAAAGUCUUUAUCAAAGGCGAUUCUCGAUCAAAAUAUGCAGGGAAGAGAGUCUCAUUCUCAAUUAUUCAAAAACUACAAGCAGGUUCAAAUUAUAUCCUUCCAAUGUAGUCCUUUGGCUACUGCUGAGGGAAUUCUGAAGACGUUUCGGCAAGCGAGCAAGCUUCAAGAAAGCAAGGACUUGGACAGAUUUGUUUCUGUGGUUGUUCUGGAUGAGGUUGGAUUGGCAGAGGACUCUCCAAGAAUGCCUCUGAAAGCACUACAUCCGCUUCUUGAGGAUGGAUGCCCAGAUGAUGAGGAAUUCCAAGAACAUAAAAAGGUGGCCUUCAUUGGAAUUUCAAACUGGUCUCUUGAUCCAGCCAAAAUGAAUAGAGGCAUUUUAGUGCAAAGAGAAGUUCCAGACGAAGACGAACUCAUCGAAAGUGCAAGAGGAAUUUGUUCAAGCAAUACGAACGUAUGUAUGUUGUUGGAUGACAUCAUUCCGAAACUAGCAAAUGGUUAUCUGCAAGUCUUUGAAAAAACUAUAACUACGAGUGAAUUGUUUGGCACAACUUCCAGAGAGCAUUUGAAAGCAAGGGAGUUCUUUGGACUACGCGACUUUUAUAGCUUGGUAAAAAUGUUGUUUACCACCGUGUCACAAACCAUGGAAAUUCCAAAACCAUUGGAAAUUGCUUAUGCUAUAAGAAGAAAUUUUGGUGGAUUACAAGGCCUCAGUCCAGUGCAGGAGUUUGCGGAGUGUAUGCCGGAACUUCAAAAUUAUCAGAAUCAGGACGACGAACAUGCUGAUGACGUGGCAUUGGUACGUGAAUGUAUAGAACGUGGACAUGAAGACAGGGAGGCUAGAUAUAUUCUUUUACUCACGGAGAAUUACAGUGCGUUGGCCUUACUUCAGCAGUUAAUGACAAACAAUGAAAACACCCAUGUGCUGUUUGGCUCCAGCUUUCCAAAGGACCAAGAAUACAUCGAGAUUUGUCGCAACAUCAAUAGGAUUAAAGUCUUCAUGGAAACUGGAAAGACUGUUGUUUUGUUGAAUUUGGAGAACCUGUAUGAAAGCUUGUAUGAUGCACUGAAUCAGUACUAUAUGGAAAGUGGCCCUGACAGAUUUAUUGACUUGGGACUUGGAACUCACAGAGUAAAGUGCAAGGUGGAUAAAAGCUUUAGAUUGAUAGUCGUGGCAGAGAAAAGAGUUGUAUACAAAGAGUUCCCAAUCCCGCUCAUCAAUCGCCUAGAAAAACAUUUCCUCACCAUGGAAGGACUUUUAACAAAACCUCAAUUGCAACUUUCAAGAGAACUAAGUAUAUGGGUGAAGGAUUUCUCGUCAUAUUCAGGGGACUGCAUUAGUUCAGAGCAGGUUUUUAUUGGAUACAACCAAGACACGUGCCCAGGCGUCAUUCUGAAAUCAUGGGAGAUUUGUGCUAAAAAGCAUGAAAACGAAGAUGAUUCGUUCCUUGAGGAAGUGCUUCAAACAGCCAAACAUUUGUUGCUGUGGAGCUGCACACCAGAUGCAGUACUACGACUCCAUUCCACCACUCUUAACGUGUCUGAGGAGGAGUACAUUCAGGUUUACUUUGAGAAGCAAUGUCAUGAUAGCCUGUGCAAAUUUUUGAAACACCGUAUAGAUGAAGAAACUUUUAAAGGACAUUAUGUUCAGGUGACAACUCAUUCCAAACUGCUUUCAACGGAAGACCAACAGGACAUAGAAAACGACAUUCCAAUAUUACGUGGGAAAAUAGCAUUGUUUUCCUUGCAAGCUUUUGGUACAGAGCAACAAUUUUCAAGACAAAUCAGAGAUGCUGCACAGAGGCAGAUCAGGCUCUUACUGAUUCAGUGUGAUACUGGUGAUGAACAUUCUAACCUGGUGUCAUGCGCACGGCACUGUGUCCAACGUGAAAUGAACAGUUCUCAAGACACGUUCGUGAUAUUCCUCGUCCAUCUCUCCAGAGUGUGUGACAUCUACUUCACUGGUUUUCAGAGUGGAUUAUGGAGUUCGGUCCACAUUGAUGAUCUGCGCACAUCUUUACUGCCGACUGUGAGAAAGCUAUUGAACAAGACCUUGUCAGAAUUAUUAAUGGAAAGUCUCAAAAUACUUACAGAUGGAGAGGAAAAGUUAUGUAUUAUGUUAAAACAGGAGUAUAAGAUGGAUAUGAAGAAGCUUUUUCUGGAUUGUCUUCAUCCAGCUUUAGCAUCUAUCACAGACAGUUCAGAGUCCGGGGAAGCCUCGAUAAAUAGGAUCAAAAUAGUGUUUACUCUAUUGGAAAAGGAACCAUAUUUAACCCCGGAGCAAUUUGGUCAUGGUGUCAUGCAGCAUAUCGUGAAAAUACUGUCUCGUGAAGAGAGAGACGAGACCUUGUAUGAUCGUUCUUUGUUGAUACAGAAAGCUGCAGCCUUAGAAAGCAUAAACAAAUGUGGAACUUUAAGGUCCAGUUUUAGUAAAAACAUCGAGAGAAAAGUGAUUCCAGUAUUAGCGGAUAUCAUCUGCUUUUUGGACACGAACAAUAAUUUGGAAAUUUUAGACAAUGCCUGUGAAUGCAGUUGGAUGCACAGAACUUGGAUGAAAGUGUUACUUACAAUAGAGUCAGAGGCACUUACCAAACAGGGAGAACCCAUUGUUAGAUGCACUGGAAUGAAACCAGGAACAAAGACAAACUUUCCUUUUUCAUGGGUCUUAUUCGAAGACAUUGAAAAGAUCCUGCAAGGUUGCUUGGAAAACAAAAUCCAGAAGUCACCGGAGGAGUUAUUCACCCUGUUACCAAUAGCAAUCAUAAUCAAUGACGUCAUCACGGGAAAUGAUAUGAAUCAUGCAUUACGGUUUUAUAUUUCUGAUUUUGUCAACAUGAAAUGCAGAGUCUCGUCAAGUGAAGAAGAACUGCUGAUAUGUGAAUCAAUUCUCAAUAAUUUGGAACAAAAAUCAACAUACCUGGAACUAUCGAAACAUUUCACAGAUCGAUUAGUCUGUAUCCACCGCAUGUACACAGAAAUCGAAGAUUCAGUGAAGACUUUUUGUGACAUUGCAUCUCUAAAAGAAGAGGUCAACGAAAAAUUCUUCGACUAUGCCCGCAAUAAUUGUAGGAUGCUUGACAUAGGAGCUGUGAAAUACUUACUGGAGAAGCUUAAUCCUAUCGAAGCGAUAGAAACUUACGAAGGGAAGAAACUCUGGAUGCAGCAACUUCAGAUAUACAAACCUUUUAUCGUGAGAGUGUUAAAUCGGCAGACUGAGAAAUGUUCACCGGAAAAUCCUGGACACCGAAUGAUUGAGCAAAUGAGGUCGACAUGGACAAAGAUCGUCGCUUUGAAAUUGUACAUAGAAAAUGUAGCAGGAGAUGAAAGGAAAGACAAAUUGAUUAACCAAGACUGCAAGUUCAUGUGGAAGUAUCUUGGAGAAAGUGCAGACUUCAAAUCGAGUGAAACUCUAGAAAAAUUUGAAAAAUUCCUAAUUGCCUCCAACAAAAAAGCUAUGAAAGAUUUCCUAGAGAAAUUUGGUAGAUGCCAACACUGUCAAGGGAUGCUAAAGUCAUCGCCUCCGCUUAUUCUCCCAUGCGGUCACAAAAUAUGCAGAGAAAAUUGUCAACAUCUCAUGACUAAUGAACCAAAUAUUCGAAAGUGUCCAGAAUGUUCGGUCCAAGUUGAGGAAAAUACCCUUGAAUAUGAGGAGGAGGACUUAGAAAAGGAUCAACUAAAGCCGUUCUGGGAUUACCAAAGAAAGUGCAAUAAAUUUUACAUGCAAAUUGUAUCACAGUUGUGCUUCGAACAUUCCACAGCACCGUCUGAAGAAGUUUGCAAGAGACUACUUCACCUAGUUCUAUAUAAAAAGAAUAUUCCAGAGCUAAAUAUGACUAUCAUCAGAACAAGACAAGUCGGCGUGUUUGAGACAAUAGUGGACACGACCCCAGUUUUCAGAUCUUUUCUGCUGCAAUUGCUGAUAAGAACCCACGAAGACAAGGUUCUACAGUUGUUCCUGAGAGAAGCCUCCGAUGUUUUAAAAGACGAUGUGCAUGGUUUACAUAUGCAAGAUUUGUGUUUGAUGCUGAUACAGUGCAUUGAGGAUUCCCUGAUGGAAUGGUCAACAUCUCAAAGCUUUCAAACACAAGUAGAAAGAGAAAUUCAUUUUUCCAUGAAUCUAAUCCAACAAGCCGUAGGACAAUUGCAAACUGCAGAAACGUUGGUGGAUAAAAUCAAAUUCAUUGCUACUGCCCGAUUCGGCCUACAGAUAACGGCAAAAUAUUUGUACCUUCGGUUUACCACAACGUUGGAGGGGAAGGAAGUUGCCAUGUGCAAUGACCUAUUCCAAAUGGCUGCAAAAUUAUGUGAUUCACCGUUGGAACACAUCAGAAUGUAUCUGCUGAAACACAUCUGUAGACACUAUGGUGUAGAAUUCUACAGAAAUCUACAAUCAUCAACUGAGUUUCGGGUUUUCCUGCCUGAAGAUGACAGAGAUACAGAAAGAGCAGAGCAUGAUGAGCACUAUCCAGACUACUGCCUCGUUUUGGGGGAACAUUACAGACAGAUCAAAGAAGAAUUGAGUGAAAUGCUUGUACCUACCGACAAGUCAAGGAAGCUAAAGUUAAAAGACGGAUCUUGUACAAGUCAAGUAUGCUUCCUUCUGGGCCUUUGCAAGGAAAUCAAAUCGCGGUCUUUAUUCAAAGAUGACAUUCAUUCAAAAGAGCAGAUGAAAUUGAAGCUGCAGAAAGCAUUAAAAAAGCAAAAAUUGCCGCUAGUGAAGGGUUAUCUUGAUGAAAUAUUUGACGACUCACUUGGAAGAGCUUGUGAACAACUUCACUUCAGUUUUAGUGAGAACAUGUGUGAUGAGAGCGUUUUCUUCCUCAUCUUGCACUUGAUGUUUGUAUUGAAAUCGUCCGGGCAUAGAGGACUACUACAACCACUACAAGCCCUAGCAUUUAAUCCUGCUGUAAUGAAGAAUGCAUUUUUACCAACAAUGCCAGAAGAGUGCUUAUCUACAGAGAUAAAAAAUGUACUUCAACGAAUGGAAGAAAUAGCCAACAAAACUCACCAUCACUUUACCUGGUAUCGUUGUCCAAACGGUCAUCUGUAUGGUGUCGGUGACUGUGGAAAUCCCACUGAGACAGGCCGUUGUUAUGAAUGUCACGCGGAAAUUGGUGGAGAAUCAGAACAUAAUCGACAAGACAAUGUCAAGUACACCGGAGAUGAUCGAAGUCGCAGUGGUCAUAUUCUUGGUUCUACGACAGACAGGGAUAUGGAGGUCACUGCAGAAAGGAAACUUUCUCCCAUUUCUAAUGCUGUUCUUCGACUGAUAACACAUUUAACGAUGUUUAUUGGAGCAAAUUAUAAUUUGGAGGAAGUUGCAAACCUCAUACAACCUCCGAUAGACAAAGAUGAUGUUCCUGGGUUCCUGUGGGAUCACAUCUUAGUAGACAUUAGCACACUUAGAAAAGCAUUUGAUCAGAGUCUAGACGGAGUGUUUAUGCUACUUCAUGACGUCAUCCAUAAUUUCCUGAAAGAGGACCAGACAUAUGCAGGUAUUCUUAGAAGUGAUGAAGAUACAGAUCUACCACUGCAAAUCCUACACACGAAACAGGGGAGGAUGCGGUGGGAAAUGGAAUUUUCUAUGCAUUACUUUGCAGAAGUACUGAAGAGAAAGGAAGAACUUUUCAAGAUAUGUAUACACAUCCUCUCCGAGGACCCCAGCAUUGUAUCGGACCCGGUUUUGAGGACAGUUUUUAGUGCGACUACAGCAUCUGAUGAACCAUUUGUGUUAAGCAACAUGCAGACAUGUGCCUUUUUGUGGCAACACAGAAUAAAAGUUUCAUUUGAACACUUUGUUCAUGAAUUCCAUAUGCUGAAAGACAGAGGGGAACCGGAAUGGCACAGAUUUACUCUUCUGGAUACAUUCCUGAGACAGGACUGUCAUUUAAGAUAUCUACGUCACAUCCCUGCUAUUGUGAAAAUGCAGAGUGCUUUGAGACUUAAAUAUGGAAAACAAAUCACAAGAGAGGAAGCUAGAACAUUAACCAUAGCAGACUGCCUUCAACGGUGUAGAAACGAUCCAUCAUUCUCAGAGAUAGAGGAGGGGGUGUUCUCUUUAUGCGAAUUGUGGAAGUGUUUCCGGAAAGUUUUCUUCGAAUUUGAAUCGCAAGAAUUGACUUCGGAUAUAAAGGCAUUGCUAGAACGUGAUAUUGACAUCGAUGUGGAGAACUUAUCAUUGCUUAUUCCUGACAUAGGAGGCAUAGGAGCAUGCACCGGUCUUGUUAUUCGUUUCAUGAUUACGAAACAUAAUGCUUUCAUAAAAUUGUGUGAAGAAAUAGCACAGACAAGGAAUACCAGACUGAAAGACGCGUGUUUUGAGGACUUGGCGAGUAGCGACCUAGUAUCGUACCACCACGAAGCCGAUCUACUACCCAUUAUUAUAUCAAACUGCAAUUACACGUACUCUCAAAAUGAAAGAACCACUCUGGAGUAUGAUUUUGACGGUAUUCAGUCAGCAAUUCAAGAUAAAAUGCUGCACGGAAAACCAGUUCUCAACAUCAAGUCUUGGAAAUGGCCCGUAACUACCAUUUAUCGGGCAGACACAUCCAUGACUUCAAAGUUUACAGUGUUAAAUACAAAGAUGAAGCAGUUCCAGUUGGAUAGUGGGCUCCAACGACAAAUAGUUUCCGAAUUUGCCGAUCUACCUGAUGUUUAUGAAGCCAUAGACAGUCUGGAGACGGUGGUCAAUUUCCUCCAUUCUUUGCGGUGUAGCGGGGAGAUGCUUCUGAAUACAUUUAUGGAAGAAACCUUGCAAAUGACUUCAUUGAUUAGUCAGAAGGUCACCAUGUCGUGCAAACUUCACCAUGUUCAGUCUCUCUGGUUCCUUCUUAUCUUUGAAAAGACGAAAAGACUCACUGCAAGCGAAAAGGAUGGCUUUGAGGGUGUCCAUGAAAAUAUCAGAGAACUUAUGUCUGAGAAAGUUUCUAAAGACCUCGGUUGGUAUUUAACGGACAUGUCAUCUGAGAAACUGCGUGGACUCCUAGAACUGAUCAUGGAAUGUGUGUUGUUUACCUUGAACCAGGGACAAGGAGACUAUGCCUCAUUCACGCACGGGUUAAAUCAGUCGUUACUGGUUCACAUAGAAAACCCACCUUAUGAAGACGUGGAUCUUAAAACACUCAAGACUUGUCAAAUCGAGAUGUUUCCACCAAACAUUCUAUCUUCACAAUCCGUGGAAGUGUGGAAAUUCAUUUACCACACAAUUCAGAAGCGUAACUUGUAAGAUGUCCAUAAAACUAUCCAGGAAUCUUAACUUUUUGAAAGUUUGUAGACAGAAAAAUCCUUGCAUCUUUGUUUUGAUUGUAAAUAGUUCCCAGAAGUUAUAUUGAUUAUAUGAAAUCCAUGCAGUAGAAAUGCUGAAAUUAAUCGAUUGGAUAUUUCAAAAUCGGAAGAGAAAUUCCAUAAAAGAGCUUUCUUUGAAUAUCUAAAUGCAUGUACAUUGCAAAUCUCAUUUUAUGCACCAUUUUUGUUUUCAGUAAAUAUUCAUUUUGUAUUUUAUCGCAUUAUUGCGUUAGUAUUAUGGCUGGGAGAACGCUGUUGUGUAAUACCUAAUAUCUUGAGUUUCUAGUCAAGAUUCAGGUAUGUCUCCCAGCCAAAUUGUUUCUGGACUCGCACAUUUUUGUCAUUUUAAAUGAUAAGGUUUUACGUGUUUUCUGUAAUGAUUUACAUGGAAACAGAUCUUGGAUUUAAUGUCAAUCAAUAUUCAGAUUUUUGGUGGGUUUUUCUCAACUAUGUUAUGACAGUAUUUCUCUUCUUUGAAAGUGAUUUAAACACGAAUUUAUUGGGAACUGAAUAUCUGCUUGUUUUAAGUGGUAUACUUAAGGAAGGUAAUAAUCUAAGACAUUUGUUAUGUUUUGUAGGGAUUAUCUACGUACCUGUAUCACAGAGUUCACUGUAGUGAUUUUAAUCAUGAAUUACAAAGAAUGAAACAUCAACAUGUAUAUAUUAUGUUUUACAACAGAUGUUUGAUUCCAGGUUCAGUGUAACAGAUAUGAUGGUACUGUGUAAUACAGAUAUGAUGGUACUGUGUAAUACAGAUAUGAUGGUACUGUAUAAUACAGAUAUGAUGGUACUGUGUAAUACAGAUAUGAUGGUACUGUGUAAUACAGAUAUGAUGGUACUGUAUAAUACAGAUAUGAUGGUACUGUGUAAUACAGAUAUGAUGGUACUGUGUAAUACAGAUAUGAUGGUACUGUAUAAUACAGAUUUGAUGGUACUGUGUAAUACAGAUAUGAUGGUACUGUGUAAUACAGAUAUGAUGGUACUGUGUAAUACAGAUAUGAAGGUUCUGUGUAAUACAGAUAUGAUGGUACUGUGUAAUACAGAUUUGAUGGUACUGUGUAAUACAGAUAUGAUGGUACAAUGUCAUUUGAUUGACAGAGAAAAGUUAUCUGUAUCUUCAUUAAUGAUUAUUGAUGUACUUGAUGAAAAGUUAUGUAUACAAAGUCUUUAUUUAUACUAGGAAAAGCACUGUGAUAUCCUACGUUAACAUGUACAUGUAUUUAACCAGAGGCCCUGUGUGAUUAUACAUAUAAUAGCUAUUAAAUUAAUGUUUUACCUUAUACCUGAGAUUGUUGUAAUAUAAUGCCAUCCUUAUAGAUGGUUACAUGUUUUACUGAUUCAUAUAAAGAUAUUUUCAUCCCGA